AUGGCGCCUCGCAACCGGAACAAGGACAAGAAGCCAACAGCAACAGCACCUGUCGAUGACAGCCCCGAAGCGUUGAUGGAGCGGUACUCUUCGGUGCUGACGCAGCUGAGCGAGCGGCCUCACGAUCGGUCGUUGCACUCGUCGCACCUCGCCUUGGUCCGACAGCUCGGCGAUGACGAUGGCGUGGAGCAAGCAAGGGAGAUGCUGGGGUCGUAUUACCCUUUGACGCAAGGUAAGGGGAGCUCUGUAUCUGAUACUGGUAGAAGUCAGAGGUCCUGAUGUUCGAUAUGGAUACCCGGCCCAGACGAGUGGACCGAGUGGAUCGACGAUCGCAGGGCCAAACUCGUCCAGGAUGACAUGGAACCUCACGUCGCCCUGCUCGAUCUCUACUCCAAAUCAGCCAGAGACAUUAUCUGUAAGUGUAGCACGCGAACGAAGGAUUGAUAGCCGUUCUUGGAAGAUACACGCGCGCUCGCUCGCUGACUUGUGACUCGCCUCCCUUCGCAGACAUGCCCUUGCUCGAAUCCUACUCCAAGCACGUCAUAUCCCAAUACUACAUCUCUCAAGGCGUGUUACUACCUUCCUCUUUAUCCAACGAAACCAAUGUGGACGAACAGGACGAGGACGAGGACGAGGACGAGGAUGCGGCCAUGGACGAUGUCGGAUCGGCGCGCCGAGUUGGAGACCCCAACCCUUUGCUGGAGGCAGUCUAUGGAUUGGUCAACGUCAAGGAGGUCAGAGGAGAGGUAUUGGCGGCAGGAGGGAGGUUUUUGAGCGAGGUGAGUCACGAUGAUCGCGAUUGGAACCCGCAGCCGCGAAGGCGAGUGGGGGCCACUAGCCGAGCUAUACCGGGCUAAUGCAAGUUUUCGCAACCCCCAGAGCCAGUCACUGUGGAAUAUUUGGCGAGCAUUCGAGCUCGACCUCCUUUCACUGGCUUCGACCCCCGAAGAAAGGGCACAGCAGCUUGCCAAUGUCGACGCCUUAUUCCUCGCCCGACUCGCGGUCCCCCACAUGCAGAUCGAGGACACCUUUGCCGCCUACUCGACCUUUGUCACUCGGCACGACAACGACCACUACGGUGAAAAGCUUCCGGCCGCGAAUAGGGUGUUCAGUGCGGCCAAGAAAGUCGUUGAUGAACGUGAUGCCGAGGAAAGGAAGCUGGUCAGUCUUGAUUUGAUAUCGAGCUCAAUGCUCCCCACACGCUCACUCGCUCGUUUCAUCUCUCGCCUACAGGCGCAGGCAAAAUAUUCCGAAAAGUCCUUCCUUGCCUAUCUCGAAUGGGAACUUGAACCCAAAAAGCCCGACUAUGUACAACUGCGAGCCCUGUUCGAGCGUGCGCUGUCUCACCACCCCGAUUCGCUCGAGAUCUGGGCCCUCUACCUCGAUGCCUUCGAUAAGGCCCCCAAAGCAUCCUCCAACAUCCUUGCCAUCUCGGAACGAGCCGUUCGGGCGCUGCCUCAACACGCCAAACUGUGGGUCAUCUAUCUCAGAAUUGCGGAGAGAUUUGGGCUCGAGGUCGAUCAGAUCUUUGAGAAGGCCUACUCGACACAUUUGUUCGAUGAGGAUGUCGAGGGUCUCGUUGCGCUGUACCAAGCGAGAGCAGGCUUCCAUAGAAGACAGGUCGAUCAACUUGGUGAGCCAUCCGCCAGCUCAAUGUUGCUGAGAUUCGCCUUUGCUAAUCAUCUUAUCUGUGUUCCAUGCUCACAGUUGCUCCUGGAGAAGAAGGAGAUAACAUUGAACUGAUCGAUCUCGUCGUUGGGGUUUUGAGGGAAGGCAUCUCGCGUGUCGAGGAAGGUAUGUUUGAUACACACAAUGACGAAAUUCGUGAUAUCCGCGACUGAUCGCGCUCUUUUCGUCAACAGCUUCGAAGAAGGGUGAUCCUCAACUGCGCCUCGAGAAAUACCUCUUGCGCCAACUCGAACGCUUUGACCGGAUCGAGGAAGCCGCGGAUCUCUGGGAGAGCUUGACCGAGGAUACGCCUUCCUCCUAUGCGGUGUGGUACGGACGGGCAGACUUUCUCACUCGCCACAAUGACAUUCCGACAGCACAUGCCGUCUACGUCCAAGGGUGCUCGGAGCGCUCGCUCGAUUAUCCUGAAUACCUCAUCGACGCGUGGGAGGCGUUUGAGAUUCAGAAUGGCAAUCUAGCCGACUUGGAGUUCUCAUUGACAAAGAUUGCGAGGCAGAGGAAGGGGUUGGAGAGGAAGAGGGAAAGGGAGAUGAAGCAGUAUCAGGAGGCGCAGGCAGCGAUGGCGAGUCAGGACGAAAUGGCGGCACAGUUCAUUGAGUUGGCUGUUGUUGCUGAGGGUGGAAAGAAGCGGGAGCGAUCGCCGGUGGCUGUGACAGAGGAUGACGCCUCCAGGACGUCUGUGGCUCAAAGUUCGGCGGAUGUGGCGAUGCCGGCCCCACCGCCCAAGAAGGCCAAGACUGAGAGCGCCGCUCUUUCGACGCCUGCACCCGCAUCGACGUCGAACGAGAACGGGGCUCCCACUCGAGACCGCGAGAAUUCCACUGUUUUCGUCACCGUCCCUUCCACAACCUCCAUGACCGAAAACGAUCUCGUCACCUUGUUCAAAGACUGUGGAAAGUUCAGGGAAUGCAAGCUCAAGACGCUCGGCACCUCGGACGUCGCGAUGAUCGAAUUCAUGUCCUCAUCGGACGUGCUCGCCGCCCGAACAAAAGACAAGAAGCGCUUGCGUGGUGAAGAAAUCCAAGUCGAGGUCGCUUGGCACAGUUGUUUGUACGUGACGAACUUUCCCGAGGAAUGGGACAAGGAGCAGGUCGAAAAGCUUUUUGGCGAGUAUGGCACGAUCUUUGAUACGAGGUGGCCGAGCAAACGCUUCAAAUCGACGAGGAGGUUUUGUUACGUUCAGUACACCAACGCAGUAAGUCGUCCCAGUUUUUCCAGCUAUCUAGUAAGCACUACGUGACUGAUCGCGUCGUGCGUCCUCACGCGUUGCAGAGUUCCGCCAGCGCUGCUACAUCAGCCUUGCACAACAAGGAACUCGAUUCGACACAUCGACUUCAAGCCCUUAUUUCGGACCCGAAUCGCAAAAAGGGCCGUACCGACGCCGACGCCAACAACAAAGAACUCUACAUCGCCGGCCUCUCCAAGUACACGAAAGAGCACGACCUACGCCGUCUCUUCGAGCCACACGGAACGAUCAAAGGGAUCCGAGUGAACGAGGACGAUCAAGGCGAAUGCCGGGGCUUCGCAUUUGUCGAAUAUGAGGACGAGGCUUCGGCACAAGCGGCUUUGAUAUUAAACAAUACAGAGUUGAAGAAGCGACACAUCAGCGUCACGAUCGCUCAAGCCCGAGCGAGAGGUGCUCAAUCGGCGAUCGACUCGAAUUCCUCCUUCAAGAACCGCGAGAAUAAGACAGCCCUCUCGGACAAAUCUGUACGAGUAACCAACAUCGCGCCCGGAACCGAAGAAGCGAUCGUGCAACAGGCUUUCGAGAAAUUGGCCACGGUCAAGCUCGUGACGAUGAGCGUAGGCGCAACGCACGCGAACGUCGAGUUGGACAGCGCCGCGGAAGCAGGCAAAGUCUUGCUCGCCGCGGCGAGCGAGGAAGGGAUCGUUAUUGAUGGGACCAAAGUGCACGUCGUCGCUGAUGGGCCCCAAUUACGGGGAGCGGCGGCAACGAGUGUCGGAGCGCAGAGCAAGCCUCGGACGGAUGCACCGCUUCUUCCACGACAAGCCGGUCGAGGCCGAGGGCGGAUUGGGUUGGGAGUGAGGGGGAGAGGAUCAGCCAGAGGUGGCCUGGGGAUGCGUUCAGGACCUGCUUCAUCUUCUGCAAGCAUCUCUGCUGGCGCGAGCGUCGGCUCAAGUUCUGCGUCUGUUGGCGCGUCGAAGACUCAAGACGACUUCCGUGCGCUGCUGAAUAAGGGCAAAAAGUAG